UUUUAAUUUUUUUUUUUUUUUCCGUUUUUGCCCCUGCUGUACCGAAAUCAUAACAAACUGUGACGUCAAAGCCGAGUUACGUACCUAACCAUGUUUGUGUACCAUUACACCCCUAUUAUCCAUGCCAUGAGUUGGUGAAGGAUGAUGAUGUCCAUUAAAGAGCUGCUCGUGAACUCACUGAAGGAACUGGUAGAAGCUGAACUGAAGGAGUUUCAUUGGCGCUUAAUGAAUACAUAUCAUAAGCAUAUAUCAAAGUCUGAAAUGGAGAAGGCAGAUAUAUUUGACACAGUAGAUAAGAUGGUGGUGUGUUUUGGACUAGAAGAAGCUGUGAAGGUCAUGGUGGACAUCCUGAGAAAGAUGAACCAAAAUGAUCUGGCUGAACAGUUGGAGAAUGAACACAAGCAAGCUCAGGCUGAGGGCAAUAUGAGGACAUCUGUCCCUGUUGGAGAGCUGCAAAACUUCUUGAAAACUCACAAAAACAACAUGAAGAGAAAGGCAAAAUGUAUUUUUGAGGGCAACAAAGAAAAUGACACAGAUCUCAGAGAUGUUUACACAGAACUGUUCAUCACAGAGGGAGAUAUGAAAGAUGUCAAUCACGAACACGAGAUUGUGAAGAUUGAUGAUAUUUUCAAGAACAAAAACACACAUGAUAAAUCAAUCAAAUGCAACGACUUAUUUACUGAACUGAAGAAAAACAAUGAGGAGAAGAUUGUGCUGACCAAGGGCAUUGCUGGCAUUGGAAAAACUGUAUCUGUGCACAAGUUCAUCCUGGACUGGGCAGAAGGAAACACCAAUCAGGAUAUAAAUUGUGUGUUCCUGCUUCCAUUCAGAGAGAUCAAUGUCAUUAAAGACAGAAAGGUCAAUCUCCAUGAGUUUAUGCUGAAAUUCUACCCUGAAUUGAAGGACUUGGAGAAAUCAAAGUUAUAUAAGGAAUGUAAGCUAGCAUUUAUAUUUGAUGGACUUGAUGAGAGUCAACUUCCAUUGAAUUUUAAAAGUGAAACAUUGAACACUGUUGAGGAAAGAGCAUCUGUAGAUGUGCUGUUUACAAGUCUGGUCAAAGGAAAUCUGCUUCCGUCAGCUCUCGUCUGGGUGACCUCACGACCAGCAGCAGCCAAUCAGAUCCCUCCGCGGUUUGUAGGUUUGUUCACAGAAGUGCGAGGAUUCACUGACCAACAGAAGGAGGAGUACUUCAGAAAUAGAAUCACAGAUGAGAGUCUGGCCUCCAGAAUCAUCUCACACAUAAAGACGUCUCGUAGUCUUUAUAUCAUGUGCCACAUUCCUGUGUUCUGCUGGAUCACGGCCACAGUACUUCAAGAUAUUCUAAUUGAGAGCAAUGAAGAGAACAUCAGCACAACACUCACUGAAAUGUACAUUCACUUCCUGCUUAUACAGAUGAACAUGAAGAACCAGAAGUACGAUGAACAAGAAGAAAGAGAAUAUAGAGAGCACUUACAGUUAAAUAGAAAGACGAUUUUGAAGUUAGCCAAGUUAGCAUUUGAACAACUGAAGAAAGAAAACAUUGUGUUCUAUAAGGAAGAUCUGAAAGCAUGUGGUAUUGAUGCGAGCAAAGACACUGAGUUCACAGGAAUGAUUGCUGAGAUCUUCAAAAGGGAACACGGACUUCACGGAGCAAAGGUCUUCUGCUUUGUACAUCUGAGUGUCCAAGAGUUUCUUGCUGCAGUUCAUGUAUUCUUCUGUUACCUGAACAAGAACAUGCAGGAGCUUCAGUUUUUCUUUGAUAAGCCAAAACAAAAUGUCACAUUGCAGGAGCUACUGCAGAAGGCUGUUGAUGAAGCCAGGAGGAGUCAGAGAGGACAUCUGGACCUGUUCCUGCGGUUUCUGAUGGGCAUUUCACUGAAAUCCAAUCAAAACCUGCUUAAAGGCCUGUUCACACACACUGAAGACACCACAGAGAGCAUCACAAAAAUAACUGAAUACAUUAAACAAGAGCAAAACAAGCACAGUAUCACAGAUGAAGCUUUAGUAAACCUAUUCUACUGCUUACUUGAGCUCAAAGAUCAUUCAUUAAAUGAGAUUCAGAGUUACCUCAGUUCAGAUGAACAUCCAGGAAAAGAAUUCUCACCUUCAAUGUGCACAGUGCUGACCUACGUACUGCUGAUAUCAGAGAAGGUGCUGGAUGAGUUUAACCCAAAGAGGUUCACUUCAUCAUUUUCAAACUACACAAGACUUAUUCCAGCUGUGAGAUGCUGCAGAAAAGCACUAUUUGACAGCUGUGGCUUAAAUGAAACAUUCUGUGAAACUGUGUCUUAUGCUCUACAAUCAUCAAACUCCCAUCUGACAGAGUUGGACCUGAGCAGCAAUCGCCUACUGGAUUCAGGAGUGAGGCUGCUUUAUGAUGGACUAAAGAGUCCACACUCUCAACUGAACAUACUGAGGCUGUGUGGGUGUCAUCUCACUGCUCAUUCCUGUGAAAGUUUAUCUUCAGCUUUACAGUCCUCAAACUCUGUCCUGAGAGAGCUGGAUAUGAGUAACAAUGACCUUCAGGAUCCUGGAGUGAAACUUCUUUCUGAUGGACUGAAGAGUCCAAACUCAAAGCUGGAGAUACUGAGAUUUUCCAUAUGUAAUCUCACUGCAAAGUCUUGUGGGAGUUUGUCAUCAGUUUUACAAUCCUCAAACACUGUCCUGAAAGAUCUGGAUCUGAGUAACAAUGAUCUGAAGGAUUCAGGAGUGAAGCUUCUUUCUGAUGGACUGAAGAGUCCUAACUCUAAGCUGGAGAUACUGAGUGCAGAUGAAUUUUUCUUCCCCUCACACCUGAGAGAGCUGGAUCUGAGCUACAAUCACCCAGGAGAUUCAGGAGUCAAGCUGCUUUCUGAAAAACUGGAGGAUCCAAACUGCUCUCUGGACAAGCUCAAUGUGGAUCAUGGAGGAGAAUCCAGGAUUACAGCAGGACUGAAGAAAUAUGCCUGUUUUCUCACACUGGAUCCAAACACAGCAAACACUCUUCUCAUUUUGUCUGAGGAGAACAGAAAGGUGACACGUGUGGAAGAGAAACAGUCUUAUCCUGAUCAUCCAGACAGAUUUGAUGUUUAUCGUCAGGUGUUAUGUAAAGAGAGUGUGUGUGGACGCUGUUACUGGGAGACUGAGUGGAGUGGAGAUACUGGUGUGUAUAUAUCAGUGUCAUAUAAGAGCAUCAGCAGGAAGGGAGGUAUUGAGUGUGAGUUUGGAUUUAAUGAUCAGUCCUGGAGUUUGAUUUGCUCUCCUGAUAGUUACUCAUUCUAUCACAAUGACAUACAGACUGAUCUAAAUAUAGGAGUGUAUGAUGAUAAUGGUAGAGUAGGAGUGUAUGUGGAUGAGAGUGCAGGAACUUUGUCCUUCUACAGCGUCUCUGACACAAUGAGCCUCAUCCACACAGUCCAGACCACAUUCACUCAGCUGCUCUAUCCUGGGUUUAUGGUUUAUUAUUCUGGAUCAUCAGUGAAACUGUGUUGAUGAAUGAGAAUAGACUGAUUCUACCCAUAAAACUUUGAGCUGCAUGAUAAAUCAGUAACAGUGAGAUGUUAUAGAGUCUCUUCAUGACAUUAAAGAGGUCCUAUUAUGCUCUUUUACAAAGUCUUGAUUUUGUUUUGGGGGUGUACUAGAACAUGCUCUCAUGCUUGGUGGUUCGAAAAAUUUUCCACAUAAUUUACAUUACAAUACCUUUCUCCCCAGCCUGGCAUAAAUGGCUUGAUUAGUUCUGGGUUUGAUGAAGGCCCGCCAUCUGAAAAACUAAAUAUUCUGUGAUUGGCUAGCUGUUCC